GAAAAAUAAAUGAAAGAGUAUGCAAGAGCAGAAAAAGGAAAGAAAGAGAAGAAAACUGCUUUUAUCAUCUUCCUCUUCCCAACAAACUGAAACUCACUGAGUACAAAAAAAAAAAACAGAAGAGAAGAGAAGAGAAUAGCAGAAAUAUUGUUUGGAGAAGAAGAAAAGAUGUUGUUUCAAGUGGGAGGACAAGGAACACGUCCCACCUUCUUCGAAAUGGCAGCUGCUCAGCAGUUACCUUCUAGUCUCCGAGCCGCUUUAACUUAUUCACUCGGUGUUUUAGCUUUAAGAAGACCUUUCAUCCACAAAAUUCUAGAUUACGAGGAUGAGUGCUUCGCUUUGCUUAUGCUAGUUCUUGAAACGCAUAGCUUACGAACUACAGAUGGGUCUUUUGCUGAAUCUUUAUAUGGCCUGCGAAGAAGGGCAGUUAAGAUAAAAGUUAAGGGUGAUAACAAAGGUUCAGAUGUGGGAGAGGAAAUUAAUCACACUGGUCUGGAGAAGCGCCAAAAAGUUCUUUCAGUUGUGUUUCUGGUCAUAUUGCCAUAUCUUAGAUCAAAAUUGCAUUCAAUCUACAAUAAAGAAAGAGAGGUUGUGCUUCAAGCUACUUUAUGGGGCCAUGAAGGUGAGAGAUUUGGUGACACGGACUAUUUUGAUGGAGCUGGGAACUCCAUAGUUUCAACGAGCAGUUCAGAUGCAGAAGAAUCAGUUAGAGAUCGGUUGAGAAAGAAAAUUCGAAAGAUUGUAGCUGCUUUCUACCCAUGGAUACAUGCUGGAAAUGAAGGUUUUUCAUUUGCUUACCAGCUACUGUAUUUGCUGGAUGCAACUGGAUUUUACUCUCUAGGACUUCAUGCUCUUGGUAUUCAUGUUUGCCGGGCUACAGGGCAGGAGCUGAUGGAUACUUCUUCAAGGAUUUCUAAAAUAAGAAGCCGUGAACGCGAGAGACUACGAGGACCCCCUUGGCUAAAGGCGGUACAAAGUGGUUUACUAAGUUGUGCAUAUGGAGUUCUUGACUAUGCUCAAACUGGCCUGAUUGCUGCAGUGUUUUUCUUUAAAAUGAUGGAGUGGUGGUACCAAUCAGCAGAAGAAAGGAUGUCAGCUCCGACUGUUUAUCCACCCCCACCUCCUCCUCCACCUCCAAAGGUUGCAAAAGAGGGAAUUCCACUACCUUCAGACAGAACGCUAUGUCCUUUAUGCUCACAAAAGCGUGCAAAUCCAUCAGUAGUGUCAGUUUCAGGAUUUGUCUUCUGCUAUUCCUGCAUUUUCAGAUAUGUUUCUCAGUAUAAGCGCUGCCCUGUGACACUUAUGCCUGCAACUGUGGACCAGAUAAGAAGACUUUUUGAUGAUGUUUAAUUUCUCUCCAGGAUCAGAAGGGAUGAAUAACCGUGCCGUUACAGAAAACGUUGAGAUUAUAAGUGGAUCUUUUUUCCAAGGCACUAAUCCAUCACAUUGCCUCUACAGUGAAUAAUCUUGAGUGUAUUCUACUUUUGCCAUAUUGUUGUAGUUCAAAAUUUAGAAUGCAAUUAAUUACGGGGAAAAAAUAUCUCUGUGUUUACCCCAGAAUUCUUUGGUUCCCCGUUAUCUUUCAGCCCUUCUGUGGCAUCUGCAAAAAGUGUUAAAAACA